AUGGGUGGAGUACAAAGCGGAACCCAUACCCUUGGAGAGGCAUUAUGGGUGCACGAGAGACAACGUCAAAAAUGCCAUCGAGAAGGGGGACGACACGAGGCCAACAAUUCGGCGCAGUCCACGCAGGACCACAGGAAGCUCUUGAAACGAACGAGGAGCCUCGCGGUGAUAUCUGAGGACGAAUCUCGACACGAUCGAGAGGCGCAUCACUUCAGGCUAGGGCAAUCAACCUUCGAUUUGCCGAGGAGGCAUCAAUUGAUCCCGCGGGCCAAGCUGAUCGAUCGAAACUCUUUGAAGGACAGGCUGUCCAAAAGUCAACAGCACCUAUCGGACUCGUACGAGAGAUUCAACGAAGCGAAAUCCUACCAUUCGCGAUCUGCUUGCGGGCUACACUCGAUCCCGCCGGGACUACCUUCGUUCCCAGAACCUCUGUCCUACACUCGGGGCAAUCGGACCGAUCCGGACCGAUUGAACAUCCUCGACUGGCCUGAAUCGCCCAGACGUUAUCGCAGCGUACAGGCUUUGGACACUGUUAGCGGUUUAGUGGACAUCGUGGAAGACAGCUGGCCCAUCGAAGGAAAUCGCAGCAUUGAUUGCAUUUACACUCAGGUGAAACGUAAACGGAAAGAGCACAGAAGCUUGGACAGUAUCCUCUUCGAGGACGAUGGCGAGCUCGAGUACUUCGACGUUCUGAACCUUCUGCCUUUGUCGAACGUGCGUCUGGAAUUCGACGAGGAGGACGAGCGCAACAAUAACUUCGCUAGGAGGAACGGCACGAAUCCAAGGGCGGGAAAAUUCAAAUCUCUCGAGUACCUGGACUCGCGUGUCGCCGAGGAGAGAUCGUCGACGAGGAGCAACGCUACCGACGAGGAAAAAUGUAAAGAAAGUAGCACAAAGGAAGGGAACAGCCCGCAAGAGACUCGAGAAGAGGACUAUCGCCAGAGAGAUUGCGACUCUUUGCAGGAAUCCAGAGAAGAUUUAUCACUGGAACGCGAGAACGAAGGAUUGUAUCACGUGGAGAACUACGACGACGACGAGGACGAAGACGAAGACGACGGAAGUUCGAUAAAUUGUCCACGGAGCGAGUCUAUAGGCCGACAAUCCGCCUGCUCGAAGACUGAUGAAGACAAAUACAGGCUUGAUGAAGAGCUAGUGGUGUUACGUGGGGAACAAGUGGAUCGUAAGGUCGAAGAGGCGGAAGAUUACAAGUCUAUUUGGAUCUCGGACAGCGACGAACAAGAGGAGAUGUCGCGGAGGCCACAGGUGCUCAAGGUCGUCGACAACGACGUGACCAAGAGGCGGUACAGGCAUCUCUCCGUGGAAAUUGACCCGAUUACCAGGGAUGAGAGCUUCCGGGACAAUGAGAAAGGAUCGAACGAUGGUAUAGACGCGGUGAAGUCGAACAGAAAUAACGACAAUGUGGAUGGAAGUUCGAAGCACGCGGAGAAUCAAGACGAGCGAGAGGAGAGUACGAAAGGAGAGAACGCGAAGAACUUGCUCGAGCAGAAGAAGAACGUGCAGAAGGAUAACUCAAAGGGCAAGCAGACGGAGGGGAGGUUCGAGAGGAUCGUCAAAGAGACUUCGAAUAUCCUUGGAAAGGCGUGCAGCGUGGUAAAAGGAAGCUUAGGCUUCGAGGCUCGUUCGGAGAGCUCGGAUCUCGGACUCGGUUCGGAAUCGGGAAGCGACACCAGAAGAAGAUCCGUCGACGACGGUAUCGACGAGGAUCACUCGUCUAUCGGGAAAGAUUCGCCGGCGAAAGGGAACGACGGUAUAAAGAUAUACUCCAAUCUUAUUAGAUCGAGAAGCUGCUUCGAUUCGAUCGAAUGCCAUCCGGACGAUGGCCAGGAGUUCGAUCACGUCCGUUACAAGAUCGUCAAGUCGAACCUGUUUAGCAAGAACAUAUACAGCACACGCGGUGACGUCACGUACGAAGGAUUGAUGCAGUAUCUGCGUGAGUACUCCUUUCAGGAGCUGCUGCUCGACAACAACGUCGUGAUCAUAGAGCCUGUACGGGCUGAAACGAUCGAGCGUAAGCCAUCGAGCGUGGGAAAAGCGAGAUCCGAGCCAAGUUGCAAGAUAGCCGGGGCGAUACAGAAGAAAACAGACGGGGAUAACAGGGAGAGAAAUUGCGAGAGCGCAGACGGUGGUAACCCUAAAAGCCCGAAGCAGUCAUCCAUCAGGAAGCACUUCUUCUAUCAUCCUAUUAGGGUGAACCGUGAGCUGAUCGACGAGGAAUUGCCUGACCCUGACACCGUCCGGAACGUCAGGCGUAUGUUCGAGAACACGCUCAAGAUGAAGAAUAGCUCCAACUCCGAGCUGUCGGGAGACUCUAAGAGUAGGAAAAGUGUCAGCAUGAAGGACCUGAGCACUAUUGACGAUAGUCAUUUCGACGAGAUAUCGGAGACGGUGCACGAGGCUACCAGAUGUUCCAGCAGAGCAAAGGACCUCACGAAACUGUUCGAGAACAUGGAGAAGUCUACGUCCUCGAACGCGUCCAUCGUGGGCUGCAAGGACGAGUUAGACAGUCCUCGUUCCGAGUCCAAAACGCGAAUUCUAGCUCAAACUUUCGAGGCCAGGAGUGGUCACACGUCGCCCAGCGAUUCCACAUCCUCCAAGAACAAGAUGAACCGCUACCACCACCAUCACCAUCACCAUCACACCAACUGGGACGCGGGUAGCGUGAGUUCUGGUGUGUCUAGCGAUUACCCUGACACUGAUCCCGGCAGCGGAGUGCACUGCAUCUCUUCAGAGGACGAGGAAGUCGACUGUCACGACGACGAGGGCAACGAGACAGUUGGCCCGAGCCAUUACGUGUCUCAAGAUGUCCUCAAGAAGAUACGAGAAUGCGGCACAUCCGUCACUUACUACGGCGGCAAGGUGGUAAACUCCAGCAACGGGCCGCUCAUCUCUCCGGUAGUCGAGAACAGGUUCAAGUGCGUAGACGGAUCGAACGAUUACGUGAAAUUUCGUCUGAUAAAGAGCAACUCCUGCGACAGUAGAUUAGAGCUGACCGGUAGACUGGUAGAGAAUCAUCUGAGGCAUCGAAAUCGCGAGAAGGUGCCUGAUCUGAGCCAGUACACCAUAGCGGAGACGCCGAGUAUCGAAAUUACCACGCUCGACAAGCAGGAAGACGAGAAUUCGACGAUAGAAGAGGAGAAUAACAGGACGACGGAAUCGGAGGUGAAGAGGGAACCGCCAGUGGUGAUCGGUUUAGAGCCAAAGAAGGACGAGAACAAGGAGGCGAAGGGAUUCAAGGCUGAUUUCAAGCUCGGUAACAUGGAGGACGCGAAAUCGAAUUAUCCCAGCCGAUUCAUCGGCAGCGCUCUGACCAGGUGGCAGGUGAACGAGAACAAUUGGAGAGCCACUGAUGAUUUCGGCAAGAUGGAAUUCGAGGAGUUCGAGGUGCUCGAGGACAGUCUGAACGGCACGGAGAGCCAUCGUUUGGAAACUUCGUGAGGGAGACGGUGUUCUGUUGUAAUAUAUUCUGGUCCGUUCUGAUACUACGGCGUGGAAGGAAGGUUGCCAAAGGAGAGUCGAUACUUUCAGUAGUACGUGAACGGUAGCGAUAGUUGCGUUAAAGUUUCUGGUAUCCUCGAGAAACUCGUUCCUUGGACAAACGGUCCAAUCGCGCGCGUCGGUUUUCUUCCAUUUUUGGAACAACUUCCGAUCGAUUCGCUCGAGGAUACCCGGUAUUCAUGGUCUCGUUUCUCCGAGAAGAAGGGGUGGAGAGAGAGAGAGAGAGAGAGAAAAAA